UGUCUGUAUUUAAGUCCAGUUUUCAGUUCAGUCUUUGUCGAAUCGUCUGUACAUUUUGACUGUUCCUGAGCUACAGUUUUUGUUAGUUACAAUAAAUAGCUGUGAUUUAGAUCCUGUCUGCCUGCUGUCUGUUGCACUUUUGACAGAUCAAUUCGACCAGCCACGGAGCCAGCAGAGACUGACUAGCUUCCUGUUUUCUGGCCUUUAAUCCAUCCAAAAGAUUCUGAUGGUGAACUCAUAACCAAGGUUUUUCAGGCCAUCCAGGAAGAGAACCCUGCUCUGGGUAAGAGGUUGAUGGCAGUUCGCUGGGAGUCUGUGGAGUGUGAGGUUCCAUUCCCAGUGUUCCUCAGUAGCCAUCCAGCCUUCACUACCCUCCCUGGCCAUCAGCUCCCUAGACCUCACAUUGGUUUCCUGUCGAUCCAGCCCACACUACCGGUUUCCUGCAACCAGCUCCAGCCCCGCUGACACCCCACCAGCCUGCUGUUCCUGCUCUCCAGAGUGGUCCCACCUAUGUCACCAGCCUCCAGAGCGGCUGCACACUUCUGGUUGUCCUUCUGCCUGUCCUUCAGUGCUGCUCCACCUACAUCACCAGCAUCCAGGCCGUUGUCCAGAGCCGCUCUGCCCUUCGGCCCUGCAUCCUAGUCACCCUCCAGAUCUGUUUUGCCCAUCAGCCCAGCAGCCCAGGCGGUUCGCCUGAGGUUUCCUGCUCAGCCUUUUUUGCACCUCCAGGCUGUCUGCCUGAGGUCCCCGGCUCCAUUCUUCAGCUCUCAAGUCAUGCUGCCAUUGGCUUCUGUUCCAUGAAAAUAGCACGAUUUUCAUGUCCCACAGGUCAGUGCUGCCAUUGGCCUGUGUUCCAUGAAAAAUGCUCUUUCCUCCCAUAUGGCCUAUCAGCUAAAAUACGAUGGUGUUCAGAACAUCCAGAGAACAAGCCCUAGAAACCCACAUCCAAACUGUAAACGUGACGGACUGCAUGGAUUACAUUACCGUAAUUGAAAGAUACAGAAUGAGGAAGUUCCUGUCUUUCAUCUCCUGGGCUCUGCUCUGCUGCUGCUGGACAACGCAGGCAGAGAUCUUCACCUCCAUAGGCCAAAUGACAGACCUGAUCUACACAGAAAAAGAGCUGGUCCAGUCUCUGAGGGAGUACAUAAAAGCAGAAGAGUCCAAGCUUGCUGCUGUGAAAAGUUGGGCCAGCAAGCUGGAUGAUCUGACCAAAGUGUCCACCUCUGACCCAGAGGGCUACCUGGCUCACCCAGUCAAUGCCUACAAACUGAUGAAGAGACUCAACACAGAGUGGUCUGAACUGGAGACUCUGGUGCUUCAGAACCCCUCAGAUGCGUUCCUUUCCAACAUAUCUGUACACAGACAGUACUUUCCAGAUGAGGAGGAUGAGACGGGUGCAGCCAAGGCACUGAUGCGUCUUCAGGACACGUAUCAACUGGAUUCUGAGACCUUCUCCAGAGGAAAGCUGCCAGGUAUGCACUCCAAUGCCAUACUGACAGUGGACGACUGUUACGACAUGGGAAAGACGGCUUAUAAUGAUGCAGACUAUUACCAUGCUGUGCUGUGGAUGCAGCAGUCCUUGAAGCAGCUGGACGCCGGGGAUGAAGCUGUAGUUUCCAAGGCGGACAUUUUGGACUACCUCAGCUACUCCGUUUACCAGAUGGGAGAUCUGCCUCGAGCCAUUGAGCUGACACGCAGGCUGGUGGCCAUUGACCCCAGCCACCAGAGGGCAGGAGGAAACCUCCGUUACUAUGAGGGGUUACUGUUUAAGCAGCUCAAAGAGCUGAACCAGGCCUACCAGCCUGUUUCCGAGGAGCCCAUCCAGCUGGGAACCUACAGCAGACCUAAAGACCAUCUGCCAGAGAGAGAGGCUUACGAGGCUCUCUGCAGAGGGGAGGGAGUCAGAAUGACUGAAGCGAGGCGCAGCCGUUUGUUCUGUCGCUACCAGGAUGGUAAGAGGAACCCUCGUCUCCUGCUGAAGCCCAUUAAGGAGGAGGAUGAGUGGAACAGCCCUCACAUUGUACGCUACCUGGACGUCCUAUCCCACGACGAGAUUGAGAAGAUUAAAGAGCUGGCUAAACCCAGGCUUGCCAGAGCUACAGUCCGUGACCCCAAAACGGGAGUCCUGACCACAGCUAACUACAGAGUAUCAAAAAGUGCAUGGUUAGAAGGGGAGGAGGACCCCGUCAUUUUCAGAGUCAAUCAGAGAAUAGAGGACAUCACAGGCCUUACAGUGGACACUGCAGAGUUACUACAGGUUGCUAACUAUGGAGUUGGAGGACAAUACGAGCCACAUUAUGACUUCUCGAGGAAAGAUGAGCCAGAUGCUUUCAAAAGAUUAGGCACUGGAAAUCGUGUGGCAACUUUUUUGAACUAUAUGAGUGAUGUUGAGGCCGGAGGAGCCACAGUUUUCCCUGACUUCGGAGCAGUAAUCCGGCCUAGAAAGGGAACAGCAGUGUUCUGGUAUAAUCUGUUCAAGAGUGGGGAGGGAGACUAUAGGACCAGACAUGCAGCCUGUCCCGUCUUGGUAGGAAGUAAAUGGGUGUCAAACAAGUGGAUUCAUGAGCGAGGACAAGAGUUCAGGAGACCCUGUGGCCUGACAGAAGUGGACUGAAGUUUGACCCUCACCCAUGCAACAUGCAGAGACACACACACAUACACACACACAAACACCAGCCCCUCCGUAGUGCCUUCAUUCUGGAAAUGAUGAAACACCAGACACAUUGUACAACACUUACAUAAGCAUUCUCUGGCUCAACUUGUCUACAAGAUCAACAAAUGUUUUAUAAGGAAGUUAUGACACUGGUGUGUGGGAUCUAGCUGAAGAAUAUCUUCUUUUUUUUUGUCUUUUUCUUUUUCUAAGAUCCCAUCCCCUCACCACCACUCCUUUAUGAAGUAAGUAAAUUAAAUUACAAAUUAAAAGAGAAUGUAGUGUGGAUAGAGUUAACCAGUGAACAAAAAGACAAACAUGUCUCCACAUGUUUCCCAGUGUACACAUGUUUUAUAGUCAUUAAUAUCAAAUUCAAAAUUAAUUACUGGUAAAUCCAAAUACCAAAUCAUCUUUCCAUUGAUAUCAAAAAGUAAUACAUGGCUCUCAGGGGAGCAUCCCCCAGACUGCUUCAUUCAGCUUUUUUACACAGUUAAAAGCAGCAUUAGCAUAAGUGAUAACACAGAGAAGCCUUAUGAAUUUAGCUAAUAUCUUAGCUGUAAUAAACACCAAAACAUACAGAAAUGGUAAAGAAAACUUGAGCUAAAGGUGUGAUUUCCAUACAUUUAACAUGGUUUGGCAUAAGAAGCAUAAACUGAGUAAAGGUGUUUUUGAUGAGUAAUGAACUGCUCUUCGUAUUGGACACAUACUUGUGGACACAACUUUAGACUUUGUACCACAUUGAGAUGUUCCUGAGUUGACUAUUACCUCUGAAAUGUAAUGGUACAACAGAACAACACAUUUUCAAGUUUUUGUUUGCCAGCCGGAGUGCCAGCUUACAAACACACGUUGGAUCCAAAGUGACCAUCAGUCAUUUAGACAAAAAAUGGGCACACAUGCAAAUCAAAGUUUUUAGUAUCUUCAUUACUGACCCUUCAUGUCGUGAUUUAAAAAUGGCCCUAUCUUCCCGUCCCUUCUUAUAUUCUUUAUCAUUUGCAUCCAAAGCAUUUUGUUUCCCUUCAAACCUGACAGAAAUACAUUUCAUCCAAAUCAUGUCCAUGAAUUUUUUAUUUAUAUAGUAUUUAAAUUAUUACACUGUUGUUCCACUGUGUGCUCUUUCUACAAGAUGGCAGUCAAGAAAAUCAAUAAACAGUGUCUUUUAUUAAAA